AUGAGGGCAUGUCGCGGCCGCAACGUCCGAGCUAAGCAGACUCGAAACAAAGAUUCAGAGAUGACUUCAUCAAAAGGAAACCCCCCUACCUUGGUCAUCGGCAUCGACUUUGGCACAACCUACUCCGGUGUCGCCUGGUUGCUGUCUGGCAAACAGGAGGCGAUACAGGUUGUGACAGAUUGGCCUAUGGUCAAUAACUAUCAGACAGACAGACCGAAGGCGCCAUCCACAAUCUUCUAUCGGCAUCUCGAUGACAAGAAUCCUUCAUGGGGGUUUUCUACCCCUCAAGACGAUAGUGUUCUGCGCUGGUUCAAGCUACUACUCAUCGACGAGAAGGACCUUCCUGAGAAGGUCCGACAAUCCUCGCAGGUUAAGGCUGCGCGAGCUCUUCUUCACAAUUACAACAAAACACCUGUUCAGGUGUUUGCAGACUAUUUGGCCAAUGUUUGGGCCCACAGCUAUCCCCAGAUUGCAGCGGCAGAGGGAGAUCAUUUUGUCAAGAUCUACCCGCUUCACUUUGUGAUUACCCUGCCUGCAAUUUGGCCUCACUAUGUGCGAAAGAGGAUGGCCGAGGCUAUGCAGCUUGCCGGGCUCUUGGAAUUUUCUGCGGUAGGGAGCACCAAGAUCAGUUUCAUCUCUGAACCUGAGGCCGCUGCCUUGACCUCGCUCAACGAGAACGCAGGUCGGUACCAGAACGAGGUCGGAAACCACUUCGUUGUCGGUGAUGCAGGUGGUGGUACUGUUGAUAUCAUUACGUAUAAAAUCGAAAGUCUUGAGCCUUUCAAGGUCGUUGAAAGCGUCAGGGGAGAUGGGGGUCUCUGCGGUGCCAUGUUCCUUGAUGAGAACUUCCUCAGGAUGCUUGACCGAAAGAUUCCUAUUGAGACUCGAACGAAGCUCAAACGCCAGGGGAUUCAGAAAAUCAUGAGAGACGAAUGGGAGUCAGGGAUCAAGACUUCGCUUUAUUUCUAUCCCUCAAAAUUCACUCUCCAAGCACAGCAUAUUCGUGCAGAGGUUUACAAGCCUGUGGUAGAUGAAAUUUUGCAGCUUGUUAGGGGGCAGAUUAAGCAGGUAAUGAAGGAACACAACACGACACCCAAGUUUGUCUUGUUAGUAGGCGGUUUCGGUAGGUCUCAGUAUCUGAGAGAAUGUCUUCAAAAGGCCAUCCCGAACAAAAUAAGUGUUCUCCAGAAAAGAGGAGGCGAUCCGUGGGCCGCCGUCUUGCGUGGUGCCGUUCUUCAUGGCUUGUCACGCAGUGGCGUGUCAGACACUAUCGUUGUUGACUCUCGCAUUUCGAGAUUUCAUUACGGCACGCUUGUCAACAAGGUGCCUUUCAACCCUGUGGAAGACGAUCCAAGGGAUCGAGAAUACAGCACGUACGAUAGAGCUUUCAUCGCCGCUGAUCAGACUGAAUGGUUUGUCCAAAUUGAUGAUUCGGUAUCGGCUUACAAGCCAGCUGUCUACAAAUGCCACCAAGACCUUACCAGCCGAGAGCAGGCCAUUCAGGUCGACAUCGUAACUUCUGAUUCUUCUGUGGCUCCUACUCGUUACGAUGAUUGUGUCGAAAAGCUGUGUACGAUCAAAGCGUCACAGCUUCCCAGCUGGACCGACCUACCGAUACAUACCAGCGAAGACGGUCACGCUUUCCGGCAUAUCGAGUACGAUCUGCGCAUGCUAAGUGAUGGGUCAUCUCUUGAAUUCAAGAUUUGCUACGGGGAUCAAACUCUCGCAUCUGAGAGUGUAAUGUUCGACUCCACCAUCCAGCCGAAGGAGAAGAGAGGCAAGUUGAAUGCCAAGGCAGACACUGCCAUGAAAGAUUCACCAUAUGAACUGGAUACAAAAAGCGAAGCACCUCCAAGUAUUGUCGACAGCGACGAUGAGUAUGUGACUGGUGUGGACGACAACGGAGAUGAGAGUAGUGAUGACUCAGACAGUACAGAAGGAAUGGACUGCGACAGCGAUGAGGAUGAUGAAUGA